CCAAAUCUUUACUUUCUUUUAUCAAUUCAAUCUUUAAUUCUUUAUCUCACAUUCCAAAAAAGGGUUAAAGAAAGUUCCAAAAGCCCCAGCAAAACCCACUGCACCAUCAUUUCCUUCCAGCUCAUUAUUUUGAAUCCCAGAACCGCCUCUCUCUCUCGAAAGAAAUGAACUUCUAUACCUCCAAGUUUCAAAUAUUCUGCUCUCUUUCUACUUUGCUGCUUAUUGGUAAAAGUAUCUUCUAAUAUGGCUAAGCGUGUUUACCAAGUUUGGAAGGGACGCAAUAUAUUUCUCUUUAACGGAAGGCUUAUUUUCGGUCCAGAUGCUAAGUCACUGGUUGUUACCAUAUUGCUCAUAGUGGUCCCUGUUAUUAUCUUCUGUACAAAUGUUGCAAGGAACUUCUUCCAUGAAUUUCCACAAUACAAUGGAGGCUACAUAAUUCUGGCAGUAGCAAUUCUGUUCACAGUCUAUGUAUUGGUGCUUCUUCUUCUUACUUCAGCACGAGAUCCAGGAAUUGUUCCUCGCAAUGCACAUCCUCCAGAAGAAGAUCUUUAUGAUUCUUCAGUUUCAGUGGACAUUGGUGGGAGACAAACACCAACUCCACGGUUGCCAAGAACAAAAGAGGUCCUUGUCAAUGGUAAGGUUGUGAGGGUCAAGUAUUGUGAGACAUGCAUGUUAUAUCGCCCACCCCGUUGCUCACAUUGCUCCGUAUGCGAUAACUGUGUAGAGCGGUUUGAUCAUCAUUGCCCUUGGGUGGGCCAAUGCAUUGGACUUCGCAACUACCGUUACUUCUUUCUCUUCGUUUCUUCAUCAGCUCUUCUAUGCAUUUUUGUCUUUGCAAUGUCUGCUGUGAACAUAAAACUGCUUAUGGAUAAUUAUGGAACUCUUUGGAAAGCAAUGAAAGAGUCUCCGGCAUCUGUGAUACUAAUGGGAUAUUGCUUCUUUUUCCUGUGGUUUGUUGGCGGUCUCACGUUCUUCCAUCUUUAUCUUAUAGCAAGAAACCAGACCACGUAUGAAAACUUCCGCUAUGGAGCACGCAAUGGGCCUAAUGUUUAUGACCGGGGAUGCCUGAAUAAUUUUCUUGAGGUGUUCUGUACCAAGAUGAAGCCUUCAAGAAACAAUUUUUGUGCAUAUGUACAAGAAAUGAUUCCGCUGCCAUCCCUACGUGUACCCCGAGAAAUAAACAUGGAUUACUCCGAAGGGUAUCGUCGAGCAAAAGUUGAAGAUAAUCUAGAAAUUGAUAAUGACCUUUCAAAGAUAUCCGAGCGCCGGAAUGUUGAAGGGUCUGGCCACAUUGGAAGUUGAGAGACAAAAAAACUCAAAUUUUUUGUCCGUUUAGAAACUCAAAUGAAGCCAUCAAUGCAAAAACAUUCUGACUUGAGGUCAUAGAGGAAAAGUGAGAUUCAGAAAUUCUGCAAAAGCCAGUAUGAAUUCCAAUGAUAAGAUACCUGUGAGUUCUUUCCCAAAUACUACGGAGUUUCUUGUAGCUAAAUUUAUGCAACUUGAAGAAGGAAGAACUCCAACACAUGUUGUUUAUAUUAGAUUUUUUUUCUUUCUUAAAUCUAAUUUCGAUACACUUUAUGAUGCUGGUGUUAAUUUCUUUGCCAAUGCAUGUAUACUAUGAGGGGGUUAUUUUAAAGUUUCCCCCUUAGAUAUAGGUGAGGGAUUAGCCCUAAGGGGACUUUGAUGUUUAACAUUAAGGUGGGAUUGAAUCCAUAUUUUGUGUUAUUGAAACCUGAUUCUUUUAAGAGUGCGAUUUAUUUAUUUA